CAUCUUUCAAUGAGAUAAGCAGAUCCCGGUAGUUCUGUCACCGCGUAUGUUGCGCUGGUCUUUGACGUUAUCUGUUUAUGAAUACAAAUUGGAGUAUAGAAAGACGCAAGAUCACGGAAAUGCUGACUGUCUUAGCAGGCCGCCAAUACCCGGUGACCGGCCAGACAUCGAGCUGCCAGGCGACGUCCUCAUGCUGGAAGCAGUCGAGUACCCGCCUGUGAGUGCAGAAGACGUCGCAUCAGCCACUCUGCGCGAUCCUUGUCUGUCCAGGGUGAAGAAAUGGGUCAGGGCCGGCUGGCCAGAACAAGGUGUGCCCCCAGAGUAUGCCGUCUAUAAGCACUCCACGCCACACACGGAAACCGGGAGAACGCCAGCAGAACUCAUGCUGGGAAGGAGCUUCCGUUCUGCCUUGUCAAGCAUGCAGCCCGACGUCGAAGACGUGUGGUGUACGAGACAGCCAAAUUCGACGUUCCAGCGUGGUGAUCCUGUGUACGUGCGGAACUUCUCUCGUGGGCCGAAGUGGCUAGCCGCGUACGUACUGAGGUCCUUAGGCCACGUCAUGUACGAAGUGCAAACUACGAGCGGUGCGAUACACAGACGUCAUCGUGAACAUGUGCGCAGAGCAUGGAAGUCUGCACCACCAGACACCGCUGACCCUCACUUCCAGUUUCCAGCGACGCCAGCUACGGUUACCAGAUCGCCUGUGCGAGAAGCAACUGUGCCAGCAGAUAAUGGGCCGACAUCGACUGCACCUGAUACAGCGCAAGCAUGCCGCCGCUCUACUCGUGCACGACGACCUGUGCUCCGCUAUGGCAUUGACUGCUAGGGGGGGAGGGAUGUGAUAACAGCAUGAACUGAGUGAACCAGUGUGUACUGCGCAUGUCUUGUGUUAGAACCAGCACCACCAAGUGAAUCGAUAAAGCAACCUACCGUACCUACAUAUACUCGUAUCGUUGUGCAAUAAAGCAUUCUUGCAAAAGCUG